ACACAUUAUUAUACUCAGUUUUUGAUCAUGAUUCCGAAUUUGAUAUUUUUUUUUAAUAGAACUUGAGUUCUGAUUGAGAAAACUGAGAAUUUGUAAGUUUUUUGACACCAAAAAUGACUUAAAACUUAUUUUUCAGAGAAAAAAGUAUAAUUAUUUAUUUUUAUGUUCUUAUCUUAGUCGUUUGCGUCAAUGUUCCAGAAAUCUUCUUCAUGUAAACGUAUUUUUCGUAUUUUUAAUUCGUUCAAUAAUUCAACUAAUUGCUGAAUUAGCAAUGGAUAAAGGUUACUUUCCACAUAAUGUUUUUGAACGAAUCGACGCUUGUAACGGAACAAAUAUCUAUUACAAUCCAGAUGAACUAGUGGACUGCAAACUAUUCACCAUUUUCAUGAAUUAUAUCAAUAGUAGUGCCGCACAUUGGCUUGUAUUUUGUGAAGCACUCUAUUUAUUUCGAUUAUUACGAGCAAAAGCGUACAAAGAUCGUGUUCGAUGGUAUAUCAUGGUCGGAUGGUUAGCACCAUUGGUGCUCACAGUCGUCACAUACACAAGUCGUUAUUUAACAAAAACAGAUUUCGACUCAGACCAGAGUCGUAAAUAG